AUGUCCAUCCUGACUGGACUGUGGGAACAACGAGGCACGAAAGCAGCGGGGCAGCUAGGCCCGGAUGUUCGCCUUGCCGAAAGUGGUUUAGCCACUGCCAGUGGCCUAUCUACCUCCUUCCCACUUGACGCUGUCCCACAAUACGAAUACGCCUACAGUAACACAUGGCGCAAGAAGAGGCGCCUGUUCUGGAGGGGGUUUUUGGUAAAACGUCCAGGCCAACGCUUCAGCACAGUCGCUGACCGUUGUGUAGCUGUUGCAAAGCCAGCACAUGUUUCUUCUGGGGAUGUGCUCGAAAAACUGCAAGCCUGUUUCGCAUCUUCUCAGACCUUUGCACCUCUCCUUCAAUCGCAACCUAGAAGACCAAGCAAAGGCAGCGAUCAGGUCUUCAAGCUGGGUCAUGGAGGUACUUUGGAUCCGCUUGCUGCAGGAGUGCUGAUCGUUGGCAUCGGAAGGGGCACAAAGCAUUUGCAGCAGUAUUUGGCUUGCAAAAAGACGUAUGAGACUGUGGUGAUGUUUGGAGCUAGUACCGAUACCUAUGAUUGUACUGGUGUGGUUACGGAGAGAGCAAAAUUCGACCAUGUCGUGCAGGAGGAGGUUGACAGUAAGCUGGCACAAUUCAGAGGCACAAUCUUGCAACUACCGCCAGUUUAUUCCGCAUUGAAGGUCAACGGGAGAAAGGCUCAUGAAUACGCGCAAAAGGGUGAAGAGCUACCGCGGCCUUUGGAAAGCCGGGAGAUGCACGUAGAUGAGUGUACACGUUUGCACUGGUAUGAUGCGGGACAGCACGAGUACCCAUGGCCCGGAGAGCAAACUCCAGCUCCAGCUCCAGCAAUCUGUGUCAGGCUCACGGUCAGUUCCGGAUUCUAUGUGCGUAGCUUUGCACAUGAUUUAGGCAUUGCAUGCGGCUCGCGCGCUCACAUGGUAGGACUGAUUCGUACCCAACAAGCAAAUUUCACACUCGGCAGGGCGGCCGAAUCAGAGGAUCUGACACCCGCGAUUACCUUUGCGGAUCUUGAGGUAGGUGAAGACGUCUGGGGACCUAAACUUCGGUCGCAGCUCCAGGCCUGGUGUCAAGCAAACCCACAGAGGAAGGGCCACGUCAAUGGCAGGGAGCAGAGCACAAAGGACCGGAUUCUGAUGGAGAAGGCGCAGCGGCCGAAGCAAAGGUUUAGGGGAGAGUGGAUUGCCGAAACUAAGCAGGAGAGGAUUCUCCAACAAGGAGGAAAGUUCAAGGGCAAAUGGGGCAAGGAAUUAAGCAAAACAAUCUCGAAUAAUACGUAG